UUAGUGUGAUGUGAAUGUGAUUCAUAACGUUUAUUUAUUUUUCUUUUCUUCUCUCAAAAAAUUAAAAUUUUGUUCAAUUUGUUUUAUGUUUUUCUGGAUAAAUAUCCAAGUUUCUAAAUUGCAACAUCAAAAUUACUCUUAUUGGAAAUGGUAGAAGUUGCAGUUCCUACCGGCGUUCAUAUCAGACCCUUUCUUUCUGUAAGCCCACAGCAUCCAAUUCGUCGCACAAUAGUGGUAACAAAGACAAAACCAUGGAAGAUUCGUGGAGUUGCAGCUUCUUCUUCUUCUUCUUCUUCUUCUUCUUCUUCUUCUUCUUCUUUUACUACUAGUACUUGUGGGUAUAAACAAACGGCUGAUGAUGGACAACAAGUAGUGUUGCCAAACAAGGCAAGCAAGAAAAGGGUCUUCUUUUUAGACGUCAAUCCUCUCUGCUAUGCAGGAAGCAGACCCAGCUUACACGCUUUUGCUCAUUGGGUCUCCUUAUUUUUCAAUCAAGUUAGCCUAUCUGACCCUGUUAUUGCUGUUGUUGAUGGCGAAGGAGGAAGUGAGCACCGCAGACAGUUAUUACCAUCUUAUAAAGCACACAGGUGGAAAUUCACAAGACAGUUUUCAAAGGGGCAUGUUGGAAGGUCACAUGGAGUCAUCACCAAUGUUCUUAGAAAAUGCAAUGUGCCUGUCAUAAAAGUAGAAGGUCAUGAAGCUGAUGAUGUUAUAGCUACACUUGUGGGGCAAGUUCUUCAAACAGGAUAUCGGGUGGUGAUUGCCUCACCUGAUAAAGAUUUUAAGCAAUUGCUUUCGGAAGAUGUCCAGCUUGUUGUGCCCCUGGAUGAGUUAGAACGCUGGUCGUUUUACACUCUUAAGCACUACCUAGCUCAGUAUAACUGUGAUCCAUGCUGUGAUUUGAGCCUUAGGUGCAUUGUGGGUGAUCACACUGAUGUUCCUGGAAUCCAACAUCUAGCUCCUGGAUUUGGUCAGAAGACUGCCCUAAAGCUAUUGAAAAAGCACGGUUCAUUGGAAAACCUACUAAACACAGCUGCAGUCAGAACUGUGGGCAGACAGUAUGCUCAAGAUGCUCUAACAAAACAUGCUGAUUACCUAAGGAGGAACUACGAGAUUCUUUCCCUUAGGAGGGAUGUCGAUGUUCAGCUUAGAGAAGAGUGGUUGCUUACCAGAGAUACAAACAACGAUUCUACAACUCUGUCUAACUUCUAUAAAUUCUUGGAAGAAACCCGGGAUUUCCGUCAUCAAAGAGCAUCUGUUUCAAAUGGCUAAGCUGAUAGGGAUGUGCUACCAUAUAGAAAUCCUGAAAUCGAAGAACAACAAUGUGCAGACUGAUAUACUUUUGUGCUUCUGAUUGCGGAAUGUACUAUUUUGUUGUACAGUGACUAAGAGAAACUUCGCAGCGGUAGACUGCAAUGUGGUCAGAUGGUUAUAGUGCAUGAGUGAGUGCUGAUGUGUUUAUUUGAGUCAAAGUUUUGGAACAGCAAAUCUCAGCUACAUAUGCAAAUGUACCAAUUCCGCCCGGCAGGUGCAUUUGAAUGUUUUUUAUGUCAAAUUUCUUCUUACCUGUGUCCAUAUGGGUGUGUUAUGUCAACUAUUACCAUAAAUCAAUGAAUGUGGUCCAUGGUUUUUCCUUGAGAAACUUUAUU